UCGUUUCAGACGACGCGGCUCCCGGCGGACAAAAGCGCGUCCCCGUGACUUUCGUCUUGUCAAGAAGGGCGCUGUUCAUCCUGCACCGCUACCGAGGCAAGCGCUUCGAAUUCUCCAUGCCGUGCACAGACACACCUGACCUGACCACGGCCAUCUCAGCGUUCAAGACCGGCGACGCCUGGUCCGUGCGGGUCAUGUACGCGCUGCUGCUGGGGGGCAUCGAAGGCGAGCCGUCGCCCGUGUUUUCGGACACGCCGAUCGCGCCGUCGCUCAUCCGCGCGCAACUCGAGGAGGAGUUCGCGACGACGAUCGACAGCACGCCGCUCUCCAAAGUGAAUCAACACCGCCUGAGCUUCAACGCGACGGCCGAGGAGAUCGGGCUCAUCGACCGCACGUUGGACAGGCUGAGCCCCCCGGAGGAGAUGGGGGAGUUGAAGCAGCUUCUGAAGACGCAUGGCCCGACGCCGUACCUGAUGAAAUGAACGGAUGUCGGAAAUGUGUGUAGAUGCGACGUGGGCGGUGGUCGAAAGCACCUUGUGUAACUGUGCUCAGUAUUGGACGUCUUGCUUGGGCGCGUGCAUGAUGGAGACCGCUUCGAAG